CACGUAGCCGGCGUGUCAAUUUCUGAAUCAAGUUAUGUUUAAUAUGAGACAAAAUUAGUUAUAAAUAUAUUUAUUUCGACAAAACAUGCAUUUUCUCAAAAUAUUUGUAUGCGUAGCGGUACAAAUAGCGUUCGUUUCCGCCGCAGAUGUUAUAAAUAGUGAUAUUGUAAAUAAAAAUGUAGAACGAUUUAUUGAUCUGGCAUCACAAUUGGCAAAGAUUUCAACGAAGAUAACAGUAGAAAAUAAUGGUAAAAAUCCAAUCUCUUCGUAUUUGAUUCCUAUACACAAUGAGGAAAAUCGAUACGCCCAUAUCGCUGCGCGAGAUUCUUCUAAGAAAGAAUUGAAAAUAACUGAUACAGUUGUGAGUUCCCAUGAAGGAGUCUCCUUUUUGAGAAUAGAUUUUAAGGAACCUUUACAACCUGCGAAAACUGUCAAUAUUCAGAUCGACGCGGUAUUCAGUAAAGUUUUAGUACCUUAUCCAUCAAGCAUAAUUCAACUAGAGCGUCAACUUGUACUCUAUCAUGGAAAUCAUUACUUUUACUCUGCCUAUCGUACUAUUAAACAACAAACAACUGUACAACUUGCUUCUAAGAACAUCGAAAGCUUCUCUAAACUGAAACCAUUUUCACAAAGUGAUACCACAAUAACUUAUGGCUCAUAUGAAAACAUACCAGCAUUUACUCAUGACAAAAUGACGAUUCAUUAUGAGAAUCAUACACCGUUUUUAACAGUUACAAAAUUGGAAAGAACAAUUGAAGUAUCACAUUGGGGAAAUAUUGCGGUUGAAGAAACAAUUGACAUGGUGCAUUCUGGUGCAUUACUGAAAGGGUCGUUUUCCAGAUAUGAAUUCCAAAAAGAUUCACGAAGCGGUUUGGCAAGUGUAAAAUCAUAUAAAACUAUGCUUCCAGCUUCUGCAUUUGGUGUGUACUACCGUGAUACUAAUGGAAAUAUUUCUACAUCCAAUAUGCGAGUAAAGAAAGAUGCUGUUGAAUUAACUUUGAGACCUCGGUAUCCAUUGUUUGGAGGUUGGAAAACUCAUUAUACUUUAGGCUACAAUGUACCAAGCUAUGAAUAUUUGUUUAGCCAAGGUGAUAAAUAUUUAUUGAAAAUGCGGGCUAUUGAUCAUAUCUUUGACCAUAUGAUUGUUGAAGAAGUUGUCACUAAAAUUAUAUUGCCAGAAGGGUGCAAAGAUAUUAAAUUGAUUCCUCCAUAUUCAGUUACUCGCCUACCUGAUUCUUUACAUUACACUUAUCUCGACACAAAAGGUAGACCUGUUAUAUCAUUUACAAAGCAUAAUCUUGUUGAAAAUCAUAUUCAAGAUUUCAAUCUGCAUUACACAUUCCCUAGAUUCAUGAUGCUGCAGGAACCUGUACUGAUAAUAAUAUUUUUGUAUGUGUUGUUUUUAAGUGUUAUUAUUUAUGUUAGAUUAGAUUUUUCAAUUUAUAAAACUGAAAAUGCACACAAAACUGAACAUAAAGAUUGA